AUGCAGAAAAAUGAUGAACGCCAGUUGUCAGUGCCAACACCUUCUCCGUUCCAUAUUCGAGAUUUCAACCAGAAAGUGUUGGACCUGCGGAAUAACACUCUUAUAGCAACACCACACAGCGAUGAAGUGACUCCUGUUGAUUUGGAAUCAGUGCCAUGUAGAGACAAAGAAUGCUUGGCGGGAAACCAUGGCACAGCUAUUUAUCUAGGAAUAAGGGGCAAAGAACUCUGUUUGUUCUGUGAAGAAAGUGGAGGGCAGCCAAUCCUGAAGUUAAAGAAUAAUCAGAUAAUGAAACUGUACCAUACAGAGAAUGCACAGAAGCCUUUCCUCUUUUACCAAAACCAGACUGAAAGCACAUCAACCUUUGAGUCAGCUGCUUAUCCUGGAUGGUUCAUUUGUACCUCAAACGAGAAGGACCGACCCGUCACAAUGACGCAAACCAGAGGCACAAACUACUAUACAGACUUUUAUAUAACACCCCUGAGCUGA